AUGGCUGGGGACUGUGAGUUAGUGUGUUAUGUCUUCCGUGCUCCCUCAUCCUGCCCACCUAAUUAGGACUAUCCACUAUCACUAGAGACUGUAUGUCCCUUAAGGGGACGGAUUUGAUGGUAGUCGUGGCAACGCUGUAUCCUGUUCGCGGCGUUCCUUUAGAUCGGGUUUUAAUUACUUUUGUUCAGACAAGUGCAUGGACGGACAGGCUGUGGUGCAGCCGGAACAGAACGGGCUCCCCAACGGUGGGAUGUUCCCUCCGGGCGCCAAUCAGUAUCCACUAUGGUCUCAAGGCGCCCCGCAACAACACCGUCCGGAGAUGCCAUCCACCUCCAACGGCGGUCCCAUGCAGUUUCAAGAUCCGUCUCCCAACUUCUUCAACGGAAAUGGAAUGGCACCACCCAACUCGGCACCACCUUCAGUUGGAUACUUCAGUCAACAACAAGCUCCCUACUACAACAACAUGCCAGGUAUGCCCGGUCCUCGACCUCCAGGCACGCCCGAAUUCCAACCUCCACCAUCGUACAAUGCUCAAAUGGCACGAACGGCCCCAAUGAACCCGAUGCAACGACCGUUUCCUCCACAGAUGAUUAGCAGAGGAAUGAGUAAUCCACAGCUCUUAUCUCAACGAAAUCCGUAUGUCUUUACAUCGGAAAUGCUAAACAGUGCGACACAAGAGGUCAAGCAAGGCAGAUAUCCGAGUUUGGUACAAUGGCAUCAAGCACGGCAACUUUCCCAACCGAAUCCCAUCAUGAACAGUAUGAUGGACAACGGUCAGCGCAAUUCUCCCAGCUUCCCAUCCGUUCAACAGCCUAACAGAAGUCUUAAGAGGAAGAACACUACACAGUCUGUAAGUUUUUUAUCUUGUUAUUAGUUUAUUCUUGGUUUAGGAACAUAAUCCGACUCCCUCGCCUCAGUCCCAAAUGCAGAACAUGGACUUUAAGCAGCCCAUGUCUAACCAGAACCCCCAGCAGGACGUAAAGCAAGAGCUGAACACCGCUGAUGAGAAUAAUCCCUUGAAGUAAGUUUUCUACAGAGUUAAUCUCAUGUACAUAUAUACAUUGUAAUCUCAUUGUUCGUAUACAUUAUCUUGUAAUUACAGGAAAAUGGAAAUUAUGGCUUCGUUCUCAAAUGAGCCGCCGGCAAAGAACAUCAAGACCGAAGUCCCGAAUGGGAAGUCAAAGUAAGGGGUUUUGACUUUUGUUACCUAAAAACGUCAAUAUUUUGGUAAAAAGUUAGCAGAACAUUAAAAAAAAUUAAAAUCUAAGGCUUCAUUUCAAAAACUUUAUAUUUUUUCAAAUUUUAAUUUUAGAGAAGAGAAGAUGGCCAAAUUGGAUGAGCUUCAACGUUCCUUACAACAACAACCUCAUCAAUACCAUCCAGCUAUGAGGUAUGGAUUUCCUCCCAAUGGAUACCCACCCAACCAGAUGCCACCUCAGUUCAUGAAUGGCCAGAACUUUAUGCCGCAGGGCUUCAACCCUCAGAUGCAGAAUGGAAUGCCUCAGGGUGGAAUGCCGCCAACAGCUGAUCCAAGUCAAAUGGGCCAGUACUCGAACCCUCAGAUGAAUGGCGGACCAGUGCCCCAGAAUGGAUUCCAGGGACACAUGAACUCUCCGAGAUUCGCUCCGGCUAUGGGAGGGAUGAUGGGUAUGGGUGGAAAUGAUCAGAGGACGAUGGCUGGAGGAGCAUACCAGCCAGGCAUGGAUAUGGGUAAGUGUUUGAAAUUUUAAUUUUCGAAACUAAAUGAAGCAUAAUAGGGUUCGUCCGAGAAAGCAUGCUUAUUCAAAUUUUGAAGUCUAAAUGAAUGUAUUUGUAGGUAUUCAAAGGCCACAGAACCCCCAAGAACAAUAUGCCUGGAACCAGAACAUGCCCCAGCCUCUGACCAACCUUGACUCUCGGGUGCCCAACCAGAAGAUGCAAUACUACGGUAACGGUCAGCCCCCAAUGGGAGGUCCCAUGCCUCCACCAGCAUCGUCGUCGACAACGUGA